AUGUAUUAUAUUGCUUCAGCCGACAGUCAACAGAGUCAACAAGGCAGAUCACAGGCCGAAGCCCCAGAGUUCUUGACAGAGAAGUGCCCAUUCGUUGGAUUGAAGAGCACCCUCGAGCAAGUCGGGACGCCGAGAUGA